AUGUUUGAUGAUGACAACUUAGAACCAACAGUUAGUGGAAUUGGAACUGAUACUUGCAACUCAAUGCUUGGUGGACAAAAAGGAGCCGUUACUAAAUUAAAAAAAAAAAUAACUAAUGCACUUAAAAGUCCUUGUGCCAGCCACUCAUUAAAUUUAUCUAUUUCAAAAAGCUCAAACGUUCAAUGUGUUAGAAAUGCCGUUGGCGUUAUAAAAGAGGUAAAUGCAUUUUUUAAAGCUUCCGCAAAAAGAAAUUUUCUUCUUAAGCAAAAGUUAGAUGGCCAUAGUCAGCUUAAAAGUCUUUGUGAGACCAGAUGGAUUAAACGUCACGAAUAUGUGCUUCAGUUUCAAAGUACUAUUCAAAUCAUUGAAGACCUUCUUGAUAUUAUUUCCCACUGGAAGGAUCGGGACGCCUGCGCCUCUUUAAAAGCAGAAUGUUUAAAAAAUGCUAUAGGUUCCACCGUUUCUAUAGUUUCUUUAUGCUCUCUGUCUGAUAUUUUAGCUUUGACUGUAAAUUUAAGUAAAAUAUUGCAAAAGAAGUCAAUUGAUAAACACUAUGUUACUACGCUUAUACAAAAUGUUAUCACCAUUUUAAAAGAAAGACGUCGAAAUUCCCAAACUUAUUUUAGAACCAUUUUUACUUUAGUGUCAGAUAUUCAUAAAAAAAUAGAUUUAGAAAUUAUCAAACCAAGAGUUACUCAGAGACAAAUGCAUCGCCCCAAUAUAUCUCCAGAAAAUAAUCUUAUUUUAGACUUAUUCCUUUGUUAG